UUAUUGAACCAAAACCCAUCUGUCACUCAUUUCAUCCUGCCGUGCCUCCUUAACAUUCACCGUUUACCAUUUCAUCCACACACAAGAUCUGCUUGUUUUUCUUAACAAUUUCAAGAAAAUCAACAACCCCUUCAAAGAUCCCAAUCAGAUUAUUGGCUGAUUGGGGAAUGAUUCAGUAAUGGGGAAGAAAGGAAAUUGGUUUUCUUCAAUUAAGAAGACGUUUAGUCCAAGCUCCAAAGAAAAGAAAAGCCAGAAGUCGGAGAAGAAAGGGCGUGUGGAGGAACAUCCUUCAGUACCCUCUACAUCGACUGUCGAAAAUGCCGGCACUUCUAGUGACGCACAUCCAUUUCCUCCACCAGAAGAGGUGAAACCGCUUGAGGUGAAGGCUGAGCCGCCACAAGCCACCAGUGGUGCUGCCCCUGCCGCUGCGUCGACAUCAGCUGCAGCCGCUGUGGCUCGGUAUCCAGGAAUAUCUAGGGAGGAAGUCGCAGCCAUAAGGAUUCAAACGGUUUUUCGUGGUUACUUGGCAAGAAGGGCGUUAUGGGGUUUGCGAGGGCUUGUUAGGUUGAAAGCGGUGGUCGAAGGGGCAAGUGUCAAGCGGCAAACGGUUAACACACUCAAAUGUACUCAAAAUUUGUGUCACUUGCAGUACCAAGUAAAUUCUAGAAGGAUCCGGAUGUUUGAGGAGAAUCAAGCUCGUCAGAAACAACUCCAACGGGCUAAAGAAAUAGCCAACAUGCAGAAUGGAGAUGAUUGGGACGAUAGCGUGCAGUCUAAAGAGGUGAUAGAAGCAAAGCUUUUGGGUAAGUAUGAAGCUACUAUGCGUAGAGAGCGGGCCAUGGCAUAUUCCUUUUCUCAUCAGCAACCUUGGAAGAAACCAGGAGGCACAACAAACAUGCUUUUCAUGGAUCCCGCAAAUCCGCAAUGGGGUUGGAGUUGGUCAGAGAGAUAUUAUAAAGAUCCUGUAACCGAUCAUGCAUCGGUUAAGAGCGGUAUCACCAUUACUAAAAGCGAAAUUGCAAAAUCGUAUGCUCGUCACCAACUUAAUUCCGCCCCAACAACUCCUCGGUCAAAAGCAGGUGGUAGUCCGGUUGCAUCACGAAAACCCAAGACCGGUCCUAGCCCACGAGCUUACGGUUCGGGGCUUGAGGCUAACGCUGAUGACGACACGAAAAGCGUGACGAGUGUUAAAUCCGAGAUGCAUAGUUACAGAAGGCGUAGUGUGGGGUCUGUGGGGGCCGCUAAGUCAGCAAAGGCGAAACCGCUGGCGGAGAAUGGUAAGGUGGUGGCGGGUUCUGGUGGUGGGGCGAAGAAACAUCUUUCUUUUCCGGCUAAACCGAGGCGGCAUUCGGGGCCACCGAAGGUUGAGGCCGGUAUUGGUAAUGGAUUGGAUCAAGGAGGUGCUGAGUGAUUUUUUUGUUUGGUGGAUUAUCAACAGUUAAUAUGAUACUUUGAAGGUGAAACCACUUUAUAUAUAUAUGUGUAUUAUAAAACAUUGUUUAUUUGAUUAUUGUAUUAAAGUUUUAUGUAAUUAUUGCUCAUAUGCAACAUUUGUUUUCAGUUAUGAAAGUUUUAUGAACUGAAUUUGAGAAUUC